AUGAGCGGCCGACGGGAUUUCCUGUCGAUGCCCGCGCCCGAGAACUAUGUCGCUGGUCUUGGGCGUGGCGCAACGGGCUUCACGACGCGCAGUGAUCUUGGUCCCGCGCGCGAGGGGCCUUCUGAGGAACAAAUGAAGGAAAUGCUCGCGAAGCGCGCAGCUUCAUUAGGCCAGGCAGCUCCAUCAGCCUAUGGCGUCGUUGAGAAGAAGCCCGAGGAGGAUGAAGACGAAGAGCGCUUUCAGGAUCCCGAUAACGAGGUUGGGCUUUUUUCUAGUGGCAUGAAUUACGACAAGGACGACGAUGAAGCAGACCGCAUAUAUCAAGACGUAGACGAGAAAAUGGACAAGCGGCGGCGCGUAAGAAGGGAAGCCCGCGAAAAGAAAGAACGCGACGAUUACGAGAAGAAUAAUCCGAAGAUUCAACUACAGUUCGCCGACCUGAAACGAGCGCUCGGAAACGUAUCAGAGGAAGAAUGGGCGGCGCUGCCCGAAGUAGGAGAUAUGACAGGCAAAGCAAAGCGUGCGCGAGAGGCGCGCAUGGCGAAUGCGCGGUCAUAUGCAGUACCCGACAGCGUCAUCCAGGCUGCGCAUUCUGGAGGCGAGCUCCAAACAUCCAUAUCGACAGAUGAUGGUGGAGGCACAAUUACCAACUUUGCAUCCAUCGGUGCUGCACAGAAGUCCGCCCUUCAGGUGCGACUCGACUCGGCAGCACAUUCAGGCUCAAAUGGAGCAGGUACACAAACUGCGACGAUGUCUGGAACGGCGACAUCGGUGGAUCCGCGCGGCUACAUAACUGCCUUGGACAAGAAGCAGGCUAUGGGAGAAGACGUGCCAGUGGAAGACAUUAAUCGUGCGCGUGUCCUUUUGGAGUCUGCCGUUAAGACGAACGUACACAAUGGGCCUGGUUAUGUCGCCCUCGCUCGUUUGGAAGAGGUCGCCGGCAAGAUUCACACGGCCAAGAAGAUCAUACAGAAGGGAUGCGACAUGUGUCCAAAGUCUAUUGUCGUGUGGGAAGAAGCCAUUCGCCUGAACAAGGAGAAUGUACACAAUGCGAAAAUCAUAGCGGCUUCGGGCAUUAAGCAAAAUCCCAAAGCCAUCAAGUUGUGGAUCGCUGCAAUCGACCUUGAACAGACGCCGGCUGCACGUAAAAAAGUCACUAGGCAAGCUUUGGAUCACAAUCCACAAUCCGUAGAAUUGUGGAAGAUCCUUAUCAACGACACUGAAGACAUCGAGAGCGUCAAGCUCCUCUUUGCUAAGGCUACGGAUACUGUCAAGCUGUCGGAAGAGCUAUGGGUGUCUUACGCACGUGUGAGCGGACCAGAAGAGGCUCAACAGAUCUUGAAUGCAGCUCGUAAGGCUAUACCUACGAGUUGGGCUAUCUGGGUGCAUGCAUGUCGUCUACAGGAAGAGCUUGGCAAGGUUAAUCUAUGCGACAAGAUCAUGGAGCGGGCAGUCAAAGCCCUCAUCAAGGAGAACGCUAUGCCGAGUAGGGAAGACUGGAUAACGCAAGCCGAGAUAUGCGAAGAAGAGUGCGACAUAGUAACGGCUGGUGCUAUCAUCAAGGCUACCAUUGGGUGGAAACUCGAUGAAGAUGAUGACAGGAGGGACGUCUGGCUGGAGGAUGCGAAGACUACACAAGCUCGAGGACGAUACGAAACUGCAAGGGCCAUCCUCGCCAAUGCUGUGUCCAAGUUUCCAACUAGCACCACUGUCUGGCAUGCAUCUGCUGACUUGGAAAAGCAUCACGGCUCUACAGAAGCUUUGCUACAGAUUCUUGAGCGUGCAGUCAAUGCAUGCCCGAGCUCGGAAUCAUUGUGGCUGCUGUAUGCACGAGAGAUGUAUGCAUCUGGCGAUGGUGAGGGUGCUAGGAAAGUGCUCGGACGGAGUUUCGAACAACUUCCUGGCAACGAAAACCUAUAUACCCGUGCCGUUGAUUUCGAAGUCGACGACGAGAACUAUGAGCAGGCCCGCAUCUUCCUCCAGAUUGCGCGACAGACGGCUGCUACAGACCGCAUCUUUAUGAAAGCUGCAGUCUUAGAGCGCCAGCUCGGUGCAUACGAGGAUGCUCUAGAUAUCUGCAAUCAAGGCUUACAAACGUGGCCCGGGUCAUGGAAACUUCACGCCAUCAAAGGCCAGAUUUAUGAAUCCCUUUCCAAGCUAAAGGAGGCUCAAGAAGCAUACUCAAUUGGCACCCGCGCCGCACCCAAGUCGCCAACACUCUAUAUUCUUCUUUCCCGCAUACAAGAAAAGCAAGGUGCCACCGUAAAAGCACGUUCCACCCUUGACCGCGGUCGCCAGCAGAAUCCUAAGACCGACACUCUUCUCGUCGAAGCCGUACGCCUUGAGCGCCGCCAAAACAACAUACCCGCUGCCCAGAAGAUUAUGGCCGCUGCCCUUCAGGAGUGCCCAGCAUCUGGCCUGCUGUGGGCUGAGAAAAUCAUGCACCUGGAAUCACGCACACAGCGCAAGCCGCGAGCCCUUGAGGCUAUCAAGAAGGUAGAGAAGGACCCCCAACUUUUCAUCGUAGUAGCUCGUAUCUUCUGGGCUGAACGCCGUCUGGAUAAGGCCGCGACGUGGUUCACGAAGGCGGUGGUGCUGGAUCCGGACUUUGGCGAUGGUUGGGUAUGGUACUACAAGUUCUUAGAGCAGCAUGGAACCGAGGAGAAGAAGGCAGAGGUUAUCGAGCGUUGCAUUGGGAGUGAGCCCCGGCAUGGCGAGAUAUGGCAGAGUGUUCGGAAAGAUCCGAAAAACUUCAAGCAAAGAGUGGGGGAGGUGCUGAAGAUUGCCGCGGCGAAGGCUGAGUAG